AAAAAGAAACAACAGAAAAAAAAGACGCAGCUAAAAUUCAAUGUGGAUUGUACUCAUCCAGUUGAAGAUGGAAUUAUGGACGUUGCCAACUUUGUAAGUAUUGGUCAACUAUUCUGAUAAAGGCUGCCCAGAUACUAUAAAUGUGUUUGAUUUGAUGCCCAUAGACAAAGGUUUGCGUACAUUGUUGCCUUCUCAAAGCUAAGGUGUCCCAGAAAAUACUUUAUUGUACAAAGAAUUGGUUGGUGUAUGUAGCUGAUUCAAUAAAGGUUGUUUUCAGCAUUGGGAAUUGGCAAUUGGGCUUUAGGUAUUUGUCCAUAUGGAACAAUGUAAUGAUUUGCCUGAGUGACCACGAAACAGUAGCUCUUUAGUGGCAAAUUUCCAAUGCCCAAAGCAGCCUUGUUGAAUCAGCUAUAUGUUGUGGUUCAAUUUUAUCCUUGCAUUAAAGUUAUUUUCCAUUGUCUUUGGGUAUGAUAAAUAGAGGAUAUUACAUGGCCGCACGGAGAUACGAAAUUUCUCUUCGAGUGUUGAAUCUCCAAGCGACCAUGUAAUGUUCUAUUUAUUAUAUAAACACCAAUGAAAUGCCAAACCAUUUUACUUAAAUAGUUUUUUGGUCUGAAAGGUGUGGUUUAUUAUCAAAGUUUUCGCACGAAAGCUCACUUGGUAUUUCAUUGGUGCUUAUAUAAUAAUGUAUGAUAAUGAGUGUAAAACGAUACAACAUAAAAUUUUCAACUGGGAUAAAACUAAUAACAUAUAUACAUAGUGGAAGUGUUGUGGAAGACAUUAAAGUAAAUUUUCAUCUCAGUGGUCAAGAUGUCAUAUCUUCAGACUUGACUUUAAAUCACUUUUAUAGGCAGUUUCCUUUUUUAUCAGAGAUGACUAAUCUGAUUUGAUACAAAUAACAGAAAAGACUAUAACACCCAGGCUGCUGUAGUGUACAGUUAUUAGGGAGCAUAAGCAAUGAAUACGGCAAUGUCAACAGGAACGUAAAAAGAACAAUAGGUUUAGAUUUGCAAAACAACAACUUUGCACGUGCGUCAUGCUUUUCACACUGCACAACUAUGAUGUGAAAAUGUGUAAUUUAUUUCAUGUUUUGUAGAGGACGUGAACACAAGACAACGACUUUGUUUUUCUUUUCUUGACGAGUUGGAAUAGGCUCGAUAAAGUUUGAAGCAGUGCAAUUUCACUUUGUAAUAGGCAUAUUUUCAGGGUUCAUACACAUCUUGACAACCCUCGAACUUUCAGCACCCAUUUUCGAGGCGAUAAAUUAAUCAUCAAUUGGAAAGGUCUUCUCUUUUUUGUGUUUCUAGAAAAUCCCUUUACUGUAGAUUUUGUUGUACCAAACCUUAGCUUCUUUUAUUUAAAGGAUCUUGAAAUUCCUUGAAUUUUUAUAGAAAUGUUUGUGUUCAUGUUUGCUGCAAAUUUGGGUAUGAAACUCCACCAUUUUGCUGCAUCUACAGCUGUACAGUACGUCCUACUUAGGGCUGUCAUUAAGGGACGGGGUUGGGACCGGGAAUUUCUUCUAGCCACCGUGAAGGUGAACCCUUGCUAGAAGAAAAAGAGAGCCAGCAGAAGUUUGUAGCUGUUUGAUUCCCUGUCCACUUAUUGUAAUAAACUGAUGAAUCUUAUUGACAGCCCUACCUACUGAAUCUUAUUGUGUGGUUAAGAUUCUCAUUCAGCAGAGAUGUACUUGUUCUUUUCCUGAUCACUGCAUACAAUGCUUAGGGCCACCUUCCCUAAGUGUCGCUUGGCAUUAUUUUUCACAGGAACAAUUUCUUCAUGAGAGGAUAAAGGUUGGUGGUAAGACCAACAACUUUGGCCAUGAUCUGUCCAUUGAGCGCCAGAAGAAUAAGAUAACUGUUGUGUCAGACAUCCCAUUCUCCAAAAGGUAACAAUAUAAUACAGUUUAGGAACUAUUAGGGGUAUCUUACCAAACACCUUUGGGGUUCAUACAUGUACUGGAAGUUGCAGACCAAGUCUCUUCUCUCUGGAGUUUUUACUCUUUCUUAAAGAUUCAAGAGGGGGAAAGGAAGGUUACUGUCUGACAGUUGUGACUGGAAGGGAGGUUACUGUAAAGAUAACAGGUUAUGUCUUUAUGGGUGGUUGAGAACUGACAGGGUGGAUACCUGAACCAGGAUGCUUGGAAGAACAGUAUCAAAUCACAACAUCUAACAUCUUUUUGAAAGCUCAAGAUACAAUUUAUUUUGCAAACGGACCAUUAACAUUCAAGUAUUUCAGCAGUGCAACCCUUAAAAUUUAGAAUCGUUAGAAGCUUUACUGACCUUUCCACAAACUGCUCUGUUUUGUGAUUGGCCUUUUUCUGUCCAGAUUUUUGUGAAUUUGUGAAUACAUACAGCUGUAGCUUGAAAAAAACAACACGGGAUACAUGGUUCGCAAAGUAUUUCCGCUUCCAUAUGUAAUGAUUUUUGUAGGGGUGAGGUUGCUCUCUUUGUAGGAUUUGAGGAAAAGUGUUGGUUGGGAUUCACUUCAUUCGCAGCCAUUGUUUGUGUGGUUGCACAAGGGCAUAGGAGUGUAUGGCAACACAAGACUAGCAAAAAGAUGGGAAUAACAGUGAGCAUCAUCGUUAUAAAUAUCAACCUUUUGAUUCAAUCGCAGUUUAAUAUUAGGUUUGUAAAAAGACAUUGUACAAGACACAACUAUUUUCAAACUUGAAUUUUUACUCUGUAAUGUAUCUGAAAAAAACAUUCUCAAGCCAUUCAGAAAUUCACAAGAGUUUGGAUUGAUACUGAUCAAUCAGAAAAGCGAACAGUUACCCCAGGGGUAAGGAAAGUUCAAACAGUUUAUAAAACUGCUACAAUUGUUGAAUAUUUUGAUGUUAUUGGUCUGUAUGCAAAAAAAAAUUGAGAAUUUUCUGUUUUCAAAAAACAUUGUGGUUGGAUAAUCUUCUCCCAAAUGCCCUGGUUCAAGUAUCUGUACUGUAGGUUGGUCAUAGCAUGUUAACAUGUGCUGCAUUGAUAAAUCUUGACACAUUUAUGGAAACACUUUUCUUGUUCAUUGCAUCUCCAAGGUAAUCACUUACCUUUACAAUGAGCAAGGAACUUUCUCCUCUCUACCUUGUCAUUGUGAGUGGUGCAUGUCAGGCACCAGUUUUUGGUUAACACAUUACAGUGUCUCAGCCUUUCUUCAAUUGAUUGCAGCAUAUGGGUAUAACGAUGCCUUUCAAUUGAUAUUUGCUGGUAUAAAUUAUGCUGGAAGCAUUUCGUCAACAGCAGAAAAUUUGACACAACAUCACUCUUGAAUAAAGGAUGUAAAAUAUCACACUAAUUGACUUAAAUGUAAGAGUUUGGCCACUUGGUGUAAGAGCUUUGAUAUCCUGCAUAGGAAUUGAGGUGUUCACAUGCAAAUUUCCCCUGGCUGAUCUGAACAUAUUCCUUAACAAAUUGAUUUAGAGAAUUUGUUAAAAGAUCAGUUGAAAGCCUUCACCAUGGUUGAUCAUUUUUCUAAUUCUCAUACCUUUUCUGUUGUUAAUGAAUAGAUAUAUUGUUGCAAGGAAAUAAAUUAUUAAUGUUGGUCUGUCUUGGGACUUAGGAUAAAUAAUUCUGAUAAGAGAGAGUUAAGUGUAUUCUCAAACUAUUUUUGUGUCACCUCAGGUACCUGAAGUAUCUCACUAAAAAGUACCUGAAGAAGAACAACUUGCGUGACUGGCUGCGAGUGGUAUCCUCAGCGCAGAACACGUAUGAGCUGCGGUACUUCCAAAUCAAUAAUGAGGACGAAGAUGAGGAGGGAGAAGAUGAAUCUUAA